AUGCCUCCUGUUUCUGGACAAUUGUCGCGACACCGCGUGGUCUGUUACCACCAAACCAUCCGCGAUGGAGGCCAAUAUGUCUCGAUGCUGCCGCUGGUGGAGAACAACACUGGAAUCACCCACAUCAUCAUCGCUGCCUUUCACCUGAAUACAGACCCUGGACAUAUUACCCUCAACAAUGAUCCACCAGAGAAAGAAUUACAUGAUGCGUUGUGGGCAGAAGUGCCUCUGGUGAAGGAGGCCGGUGUCAAAGUCAUGGGAAUGCUGGGGGGAGCAGCUCCGGGUACUUUUAAGAAAUUGGAUGGUAGUGAGGAGCAGUUCGAGUUGUUCUACCAACCUCUGCUGGCUAUGAUUCGGCGGCAUGGACUGGAAGGGAUGGACCUCGAUGUAGAAGAGUCCAUGUCCUUGGCCGGCGUCAUCCGACUUAUCGACCGGCUGAAGUCGGAUCUCGGGGACGAAUUUAUCAUAACGCUGGCCCCAGUCGCCGCCGCACUUUUGGGAAUGGGCAACCUAUCCGGCUUUGAUUACCGACAGCUGGAACAACAACGGGCGUCAAAGAUCAGCUGGUAUAACGCCCAAUUCUACAACGGUUGGGGGCCAGCCGAUGAUCCUCGCAUGUAUGCUGCCAUUGUUGCGCAGGGAUGGUCCCCGCAACGAGUAGUCUAUGGGUUGUUGACAAACCCGGGCAAUGGAUCGCAAGGCUACGUACCACGAGAGAAGAUCGGGCCGAUUCUGGCUCUGCUGGUUGAGCAAUUUCCUAACUUUGGCGGCGUCAUGGGCUGGGAGUACUUCAAUUCCCAGCCGGGGGAGCGAGAGAAGCCCUGGCAAUGGGCGGCAGAGAUGUCGCUGAGCAUGCACAUGAAGCAAGUGGUCGCUGCAGCUCGACAAGUGCUGACUGCUGGGCCCAUGGCCAAUAAUCUGAUGAAUGUGAUUCGGGAUAUGAUGAAUCGAUAG